UAUAGGGGUGUGGGGAUUGCGGGGGUUCUGUGGGUUGAGGGCUGUGGGCCUUAGGCUGUUGGUCGACUGGUACAGUGUUCGGGAAUGUGGAAUGAGGGGAUAGGUCUGGAUUAGUUCCCGAAUGGUAUAUUUGGGGAUAUGGCGGCGCAUCUCGUCCGCACAUGGAGGCGCUGCUGUAGGGAAAUCCCCAACCCUUUUUACGCAUCUCCACCGCAGUAUCAAUGCCAACAUGGUGGUUGCACACGCGCUCCAAGUAGAUCCGAACUCGCGCCUCCUUCGUUGAUUAUGGAAUAGUAGCGUCAUAACAAACCUGUGCGGGAGGUCGGGGAGUGAGUACCAGUGAUGUUAUAAACACAAGUGCGAACAUUCCUCCUCACAGUAUGGCCUCGGUCGCCGCUUGGCUGCCAUUUGCCCGGGCGGCGGCCAUCGGUUGGGUCCCUAUUGCCACUCAUCCUCUUCCGCCGCCACCUAUACCAAAGGAUCGUCGCAAGGCUGAUGAUGAGAAGCUACUAAUAAACGUGUCUGGCCGUAGGUUUGAGACCUGGAGGAACACGCUCGAGAAGUAUCCAGAUACGCUCCUAGGUUCAAAUGAGCGAGAGUUUUUCUAUGACGAGGAGUGCAAGGAGUACUUCUUCGAUCGUGAUCCAGACAUCUUCAGGCACAUACUAAACUACUAUCGGACUGGCAAGCUCCACUACCCGAAGCAUGAAUGCCUCACUAGCUACGAUGAAGAACUUGCGUUCUUCGGUAUACUCCCAGAUGUUAUCGGCGACUGCUGCUAUGAGGAUUACCGCGAUAGGAAGCGCGAAAAUGCAGAACGUCUUAUGGAUGACAAACUCUCUGAGAACGGCGACCACAAUCUUCAGCAGCUUACGAACAUCCGCCAGAAGAUGUGGCGCGCUUUUGAGAAUCCGCACACCUCCACAGCUGCCUUGGUAUUUUACUAUGUUACAGGCUUCUUCAUCGCCGUCUCCGUGAUGGCCAACGUGGUGGAGACAGUUCCAUGUGGCAUACGGCCUGGCAAAGCUGGUCCACUACCUUGUGGCGAGCGCUACAAAAUCGUAUUCUUUUGCUUAGAUACCGCAUGUGUGAUGAUCUUCACUGCGGAAUACCUGCUCCGUCUGUUCGCCGCUCCGAGCCGCUACAAAUUCGUUAGGAGCGUGAUGAGUAUCAUCGAUGUCGUAGCCAUCCUACCCUAUUAUAUCGGUUUAGGAAUUAAAGACAACGAUGAUGUUUCCGGCGCUUUUGUCACCCUUCGCGUUUUCCGAGUAUUCCGUAUCUUCAAGUUCUCCCGACACUCCCAAGGACUACGAAUUCUCGGCUACACCCUUAAGUCGUGCGCUUCCGAACUAGGCUUCCUCGUCUUCUCCCUUGCCAUGGCUAUCAUCAUCUUUGCCACAGUCAUGUUUUACGCCGAGAAAAAUGUACGCGACACCAAUUUCACAUCGAUUCCGGCCGCCUUUUGGUACACGAUUGUAACAAUGACUACCUUGGGAUACGGAGAUAUGGUGCCGGAGACUAUUGCCGGUAAGAUCGUCGGAGGUGUUUGUUCCCUCAGCGGAGUGUUGGUAAUCGCCUUACCCGUUCCUGUCAUCGUUUCCAACUUUAGCAGAAUCUACCAUCAGAAUCAACGAGCCGACAAACGCAAAGCUCAAAGGAAAGCCCGACUGGCUAGGAUCAGGAUCGCGAAGGCCUCUUCUGGAGCCGCUUUCGUCAGCAAGAAGAAGGCAGCGGAAGCGCGUCUUGCUGCUCAGGAAUCUGGCAUCGAAUUGGACGAAAACUGCCGCGAAGAGGACAUCUUCGAGCUACAGCACCACCAUCUGCUGCGCUGCCUGGAGAAGACCACGGAUAGGGAAUUCGUUGAGUUGGAGGUGCCGUACAACGGACAUCCGAAGAGACCUGGUUCACCGUCACCGAUGGCCAGUCCCGCUCACUCCGCCGUCUCCAUCGGCCUUUUGCAGUCCUGCUGUGGCAGGUGUUGCCCCCGCAGAUACCAACAAGCUUGCGGCAAGUAUAUGCCCGCUGCUUCUGCAGCUCAAAGUAAUCAAACGGGCGGUGGCAUGGAUGGCACCUACCUAGUGGAGGCAUCUUUCUAAGACCACAUAUCAAAUGUUGAUACUUACAUGAACAACAAGACAAAAAAAUAUUAAGAAAAGAAAAAAGCUGCCUUCCCGUUAGAUUUACUGACUCUCAUAACACCACCGCAUAUAUAUUUAUUAUUACCUUCAUAGAUAUAUAUGCUUAUAAUUCCAUUAUUUCUUUUUUUUUGCGAUAAGAUACCUCCGAGUAUUCUCAAUGUUGAUCACACGAUAUCCCCCCAUUUGCCUACUGUAAAACAUAUGUGUGUUACCUUGGUACAUGUAGGAAUGAAUUGCAUAGCAUGUCUAUUAUUAUGAUUUGUUUCGUUCUGAAUUAGCUCUAAUAAUUAAGAGAAAAAAGAAAACAAUCGCGCUGUUCAAAUUAUAGUACAUAAGUGAUUGAGAAAUAUCACUUACGUACAUAUGUUUCUAAAUGUGUUUUUCUACUAAAGCGAAUCAAUCAUAUUAUUUGAUUAGACUUUUUGCUUUGAUAUUUCCAGUUCGUAUUUUCAUUUAUGUUGUCUCCAUUUCACUGUUGUCCUUUUUUUUGGAAUCUGUCGCUUCGAUACGCAUACAUCUUUCGUUCCGUUUUACCGAACAUCGAUUAUGUCGUAUUCAAUGUGUGUAGUGUAAAAUGUGAUAUAGAGGAUAUUGAUAAAUCACGAAAUUUAUGACGGAGAUACGUGUAGGAUUAUCUUUUCGAUGUAUUAUUAAUGAUUAAUGAAUUAACGAAGAGAAAAAUUAUAUUCUAAAUAUAUAUUGGUUCUUGAAUGAAUCGUGCGCAAGGUUGAGAGAUUGAACGAGAGACGGAAUGGUAGAGAGUGAAUUUGAGUGUAAUUUGACACAAAAAUAUUAGAGAAUGAAAGUGAUAAUUAAUUCUAGAUAUUCCAAGUUUUAUACAAAUUUCUUAUUGACUUUUAUUUUCGUUCCUGUUCCGGGUUACUCUUCGUUGUACUUUAUAUAUUAUAUACUAUUUUGGUCUCUGGGCGCACCAAAAGCUUCCCCUAAAAUGUGGACCACUGAUCGAUAAUCUCACAUAACCUGCCUUUCACGCUACACCCAGAACAAAAAAAUGAAACUAAGUAAGAAAUAACAUGUUACAAGCUAAAUUAAAAAAAAAAACAUAGAAUUGAUUAACUAGAGGCCAAGUUAUUAUUUUAUCUAUAUACAUAUAUUUAUAUAAAACAAAGAUAAUAAACUUAGUGUAAUUUAUUCUAAUAGAAGACGGACAUUUGUCGUGUUUAAUAUAAUCUACUAUAAAAGAGUAAUUAUUAAAUUGAAACAAAUGAUUGAGAAUCAUUCAGGAAAUGAUUCGAGCUAUACCUGCAUACAUACAGGAUAUAUAAAUUAAUGAACGUUGUACUUUACUAAAUUAGAACUGUAUUUAUCCAGCUUUUUCUUUUCUUUGUAUUUGUAUGUAGAUUUAAUUCUGUCUCAAACGAGAGGUAAAUGAAUCACAAUAUUAUUUAUUAGCGAAACAAAUAAACAUUAAGAUUGAUUUAUUUAUUAUUUCCACGAUUCUUUAUUUUAUUUUCUUCAGAUACACAACACACCUGAAGAACUCGUCAACGUUGUUCAUUUAAUUUAUUUUUUUCGUUCAAUUUAGACGAGAAAACACACCCGUUUAUAUAAUUAAAACGUCUUUUGUUUCUGUGUGUUUGUAAUUAAAUCGCGUGUUUCGAGUCGGACCUAUCUGGGGAAAAUGAUGUGCUAAUGUAUUUGAUGUUCUAGAGACGCUUUUCAUCUUUCAUUGUUUUUCUUAUUUUUCUCUCAUACGUACGUACAUUUUGGUUUCGAUCUGCUUUCGUAUUUGUUCUGAGGAGACUCCUAUGCGUCGCACAUUGAAAAUAUUUGCACUAUGAUCAAUUCAUGUUCACUAGACAUUUGUCCUACCUUGAUCAAUCCUGCGUCUCCUCUCGUUCCCACUUAAAAAGCAAACGAUAACAGAACUUUCGUAAUAAUUUAAAGUCAAACAUAGAUAGAUGUAAUAAAAUAAAUAGCAACCAAAAAAAAAUCAAGGCUUGUGUCUCAAAAGUAAAUUUUUUCUAGGUGUUAAACGAGACGAGGCCCUCGUGCUACAUAGAAUGACUUAACUUCGAAAUUGAAACGAAGACGUAAUUAUUCUCUCUUCACUCUAUUCUAGAACUUCAUAUACAUCCCUUUAACAGUAGUGUUCAAAAAAAUAAAAUGAAAGGAAAAAAAAUAUAUAAAUAUGAAUAUAUUAUCCCACCCCUUCCGAAAAUAAAAUAAAUGUAAUCAAUGUUGACCGUUUUUGAUCCCUAUUAUUAUUGUAACUUAACCGAGAAUUGAAGCGAAGUGUGGACCUUCUCUUGCCCGUUCAUCCCCCUCUGCCUUUUUCUGCGAGGGAAAGGGGGAAAGAAAUCAAUUGGUAUAAAGAAAGGUUAAAAAUAAAUAAUAGGACCGUUUUAAGCCAGUCUCUAAAUGUGUACAUGUUGUAAUUAAUGGAAGACUAGCUCUGUUCACGACGAGCAGUUUUGGUAUCUCAAAUUUACUACGAGACAGCAAUUAAUUAUAAAUAAUUCAUUUAAAGACAAAAAAAAUAUGAGUAUAUAUAUAUUAACAGAUGUAUGUGUUCUUUGUGGGAAAAUAAAACUAAUCCAAAUGUG